GAUCUCUCAUCCCUUCACCAAGAGUGGCCAUCCAUACAAUGUCUUAACAAUUUCUUCUUGACCGGAUAUCACUUUCUCAUUCAACUUCCAAUUUUAACCUCAACUGCUACUUAAUAAUUACUUAUAUUGUCAGGGAUCAAAUUGUUCACAUGAUUGAGACUUUUUUAUUGACAAGCCUUCUAUAAUUUAAGCUAUUAAUUUAUUUUUUCACAGAUAGCAGAAAAAAAAGACAUCCUUGGGAAUUUUAAUCUUCUUUGACUUGAGAUUGAGUAAUACUUUCAGGAAGACCCGUACUUGUAUUCACACACCGGGAUACCCUCCCAUGGUUCCAAGUGAACUUUCACAAACCAGCUUGUUUUCAGCAUUAAAAGGAGCUAGGCUUGCAUAUUUUGAUGGAAGAUUACAUGAAACUGCUUUAGUUGUCGCUCAAGAGGCAGCUCGCAGGAAAAUACCUAUUUUAAUUGAUGCAGAACGGAAGAGGGAAGGAUUGGAUGAUCUUCUUAGUUUGGCAGAUUAUGCUGUAUGCUCAGCAAAAUUUCCUCAGCAAUGGACAGAGGCCCCAUCAAUUCCAAGUGCACUUGUUUCCAUGCUUCUGAGAUUGCCAAAUAUCAAAUUUGUUAUUGUGACCCUUGGAGAAGGUGGCUGUAUAAUGCUUGAGAGGAGCAUAAAUGUAGAGGGUUCUGACCUAGAAGAAAUGGAUGUGGACAACUUACUAGAGUUACUGAAGCAGGAGAUUGAUGGUAACAAUGCUAUCCCAACAUGUAUUUCAUCCAAGACGGUGAUGAGAUUGAGUGCAGAUAGAAUAGGGACAUUGAGUGGGAGGCUGCUAGURGGAACUGCAGAGAAGAUACCAUCUUCAGAGCUUAUUGACACAACUGGUGCUGGUGAUGCAUUUGUUGGUGCAAUUCUUUAUGCUAUUUGUGCAGACAUGCCACCAGAGAAAAUGUUAACCUUUGCGGCUCAAGUGGCAGCUGCUGGGUGUAGAGGUCUGGGAGCUAGAACGAGUCUUCCUUGGCGGACAGAUCCGCUGUUAGCUCCAUUUUUAAGUUAGAUUUUUAUACAUUUGUAUGGGCGUAGGAAAUCUGGUCAAAGGAAAGUCUUGCAACGAGUGUGAGAAGAUUAUUGCUUGCUCUAACAAUUAAAGAAAUAAAUGAUUCCUUGCUCUAUUUCAAUUUUCAAAUAUAUGCCCUCAAGAGUCCAGACAACUAAAGCAAUCACAUAAUUGGACAAAAGAAACCCUAUAUAACAAAUUUUGAAGUUAAUAUGUGGGUCUGGUUCUCUCUUCUACAUUUUUUCUUAGUAAGGAUAUACCUG